AUGAACGGCUCGGCGGCGGGCGGCACGGCGGCGGCGGGGCUGCUGGCGGGCGCCGGGAGCGCGGCGCUGGAGCUGGAGCGGGCGCUGCGCUGCUGCACCGCCGCCUCCGUGGUCACCGACGGCGGCGGGGCGGCGGCGGCGGCGGCGGCGGACGAGCGGAGCGUGUACAUCAUGCGGGUGGUGCAGAUCGCCGUCAUGUGCGUCCUCGCCCUCACCGUCGUCUUCGGCAUCUUCUUCCUCGGCUGCAACCUGCUCAUCAAGUCCGAGGGCAUGAUCAACUUUCUGGUCAAGGACCGGCGGCCGUCCAAGGAGGCGGAGGCGGUGGUGGUGGGGCCCUACUGAGCGCCGCCGCCCCGACACCGCCCGCCCCGACGGCUGCGGGGCCGGGGGAGCCGGGGGCAAACGGGGGCGGCCCGGGGAGCGGUUGUUGGGCAGGUGCCGAGUUAAAAGGGGCCGUGAGGGCAACAGGUCCGGCCGUUCGCCUUCCCUCCGCCUCGCCGCGGCUCGCCGUCGGGGCUCGGGGAGCGGGGAAGCGGCGGGGGCAACCCGCGGGACAGCGCCACCGGCCGGGGCCCCGCCGCCCGUCCUGGCCUGGGGCCGCCCCACAG